AUGGCCUCAAUUGAUCCAAGAGAGCUGGAAGCUGCCAUUGCGGGUGGCCAGUCGCCUGAUUAUGCAGUUCGAGAACGAAGUGAGCAGUUCAUUUUGCAGCGAGUUCAUGAUAACCCUGGUCGUGGGUGUACGUUGCUAACCGAAAUUGCGAUGCAAGAUGAAAUGGCUAUCGAGAAUCGCUUGUACUCUUUACUGACACUCCGGAAGCUGAUAACUAUGUACUGGAGUGCCGGCUUCGAAUCCUAUUGCGGUCCGCCAGGCGUUGGAGAGAACAACAAGCCAUUUAUUCGGGAUGCACUUCUAAAGCUAGGUCUGGAUGAUGCUCAGAAUACACGCCUUGUUGCGAGUAGCUGCUACUGUAUUGUCCAAAUAGCUGCCGUAGACUUUCCUGAUGCGUGGCCGGAACUUCUGAGCACCAUUUUUGACGCUAUUGUCAACAGACAAUCGCUAAGCGCGUUGCGUCUUUUGAACGAAAUUUUCGACGAUAUUGUUUCAGAGGAAAUGUUUUUCGAAGGUGGUGUAGGAUGGCAGACUAUACAGCUGGUUACAGAGAUGCUCAGGAGCCCGGCAUUUUCUGCUCCUGCCAAAAUAGCCGCGGGGAAACUUUACAGCGUGUGUUUGGAUCAGCUACAGCUUCCAACUGCCACCUCUACGAAAGAGCUAAAAGAUGCUGUGAAUAACCAUCUGCGUGAAACGCUCGAAAUGCUUAUUGAGGGUAUCAGAUCUUAUACCGAUUUCGGCACUUCCGACCUCGAUGUUUUAAAGCUACUGCGCGUCAAGAUCCAAUGCGUCAACAAAAUCGCAACCUCAUUUUCAAAACGUAUCGUGUCUUCAUCAAUGAACGAUGAUAUUAAAUUCCUGCUUAUUGAAAAAUUAGCAGCCAUCUCGCAUAUUCGUCGGACGCUCAAUUUUACUCACGAGUCAGAUGAGUUUUCUGCGGUGGAUGAACUAGGAUGUGAACUGCUGCAGGGACUCGGCAGCAUUCGUAACUUGGUACUAGAUGAUGACCAGCUACAAAAUGUUGUCAAAUCGCUCGUAUUCUGUAGCGCCCUGAUCGACGAAGACAUAGAGAAAUGGGAAGCAGAUUUCAACAAUUUCGUCACAGUCGAAGAGGGAUUGAGCAACGUAUAUCGUAUGCGAAAUGCAAGUGAAGAAUUUCUUCAGGAUGCGUCACCCCAAGUUUGCGAGCUAAUCAUGAAUACUUUGCUAUUAAAGUUCCCUAGCUUCAUUGCAAGAGACUGGAAACUUGGGGAGGCAAUUUUGGUCCUAUUCAAAUGGCUGUGCGACAAUGUUGAGUUUUCCACGAUUGCGAAAGCGCCUCAAUUUUCUGAGUUAAUAACCUACUUUAUUGACAGCCUUGCUCAACCAGAUGGGAAACACGCCCUCCUUCUAGCCAGAAUAAUCAUUGUUGUACCAAAGAUCCUACGGAGAACUACAUCAGAACUGCUAAGUUGGGAAAGUACUGUUAAGUCCUUCUUGCAGUCGUCAAUAGCUUUGGCAUUUAGGUCGAAUGACGAACUUGUGAAGGUAGCUUUUUUAAUAGGAUUCUAUGAGUAUGCUCACUUUUCCAAUCUAGAUGCUAUCUUAGGUGACUUUUGUUUUCAGCUCAGAGAAUCAGCUUGUCACAUCAUUGAACAAAUCAGCGCCGAUAGUGAAGAAGAUACUACAAGCGUUCUAUUGCAGGCCUUGACAGCAGUAGCAUCGCUUAAGGUGCAGGACAACAAGAACAACCCCUUCUAUCAUAAUGCUCUCAGACUUCUACUACAAAUUUCAGCAAAAAAUCCAUCGAACGUGGAAGUGGUACUGGAGGCACAAGAUUGCUUAUCAGGCAUCAUAAAGCGAGUGACGACUUCUACUUAUAUCGCAUACGCGGAAACAUGCAUGCCCCUCAUUGUGAAAGCUUUGAACCAAUUGAUGGAGGACAAAAGUGGUUAUUCGCCCAAUGCUUGUCUCUCCUUAGAGCUUCUCAAAGUUUUUAUGAAGCGUAAACCUUCAGACGGUCUUAUUCCAGUGGCCAUUGGUGAGUUUGUUUUAAAUCCAUUGAACGAAAUCCUGGUUAGUUCUACUGACGAUGCAAUAACACAGCUUUCGUCAGACUGUCUGGUAUUUCUGGUCCACAACACUUCGUCAAAAGAUCUUGAGCCACAGCUUCCUUUGAUAGUAUCUACUCUGGAAAAACUUCUCUCCGACGAAACAACGGAUUCUGGUGCAAUGAAUGUGGGACCAUUGGUGCUCGUCACCAUUAAAAAAUUCUCAGAGCAGCUGCACGAGCUCUUUCCUGUUAUUAUGGAAGCUGCAACUAGAAAGUUCGUUGCUGCCGAAAAUAUCUCGACGUCCGAAAACUUACUGUCUCUGUUUUGCUACCUGACAGCUAAAAAUCCGCAAGAUGUCAUCAACUUUCUCUCAUCAUUUUCUGUAGGGGAGAAAGGAGAGGAUGCACUUACCGUGGUACUACCAAAAUGGCUUGAUGCUUUCGAGGUUGUUCGAGGAAACAAGCGGAUCAUCGAAAACAUCAGAGCACUUUGCACACUUUUCUUUCAGCAGGACGGAAGGGUAUCUGGAGUGCAAGUGAGAGGGGAGCCCAUCCCAUUCGAAAGUGACCUCAUCGUGACUAGGUCUAUGGCUAAAAAUAUGCCUCGACAGUUCCAAAUGAUUUCAUUUAAUGAAAAGGUGACGAGUCUUUUUGUUUGCGAGCUAGAAUUCCAGUCGAAGCAAAACGAUGUGAGCAAGUAUGUUCCAUUCGACGUGGAAAAGUACGACGACGACGAUGAAGAAGAUGAUUGGGAAGAUGUUGAUAGCGUACUGGAAUUUGAAAGAUUACAGGGACAUUUGGAUGAUGAUAGCGGCGAAGAGAGCGAAGGUUCGAAUUUCGAUGACGAGAGUGCGAGCAAUUCCGAAGAUGAAUUCAGCGGCUUGGAACAGGGUGGGAACCAGGAGAAGUGUUCGUCCGCAAGAGAUCUUCUCAUCACUUUCUUUCGUGAUGCCGCUUCCAGGAAUAUAAACAAUUUCCGUGUCAUUUAUGAAAGCCUUUCUGACCACGAGAAGAAAGUCUUAUCUGAAAACUUGAUAUAG